AUGAAGGCCUCGCACUUCAACACGCUUCUGGGAUGCGUGACGUGGGAGAUGGUGGAGAGCGAGGAGGACAAGUUCGACUUUGCCGAGCUCGACAAAGUGAUUAUGGGGGCCAGGAGGCAUGGCAUCCACUUGGUGCUGUUGUGGUUUGGCUCCUUCAAAAAGGCCAAGACGGACCCCAAGAGGUUCACGAGGGCAAAGCUCCGCAAAGCCGGCGGCGUUCUCGAAACGGCCGACGUCGUGUCCAUAUUCCACCCGGCAACGGGGGCGGCGGACAAGAAGGCCUUUGGCAAGCUGCUCGUGCACAUUAAGGAAGUGGAAAACGAGACGGGCUUUCUGGGAAAUUCGCGCGACGGCAGCGUGCAUGCCGGCAAGGUGUUCAACGAGCCCGUCCCCGCAGACCUGGUGGACUUUCUUCGGUCCGACUGGGACAAUCUCAACGCCGAGAUUAAGAGGCAGAAUCUUGGCUUCUUCAAGUCCCAGUUGGGCCGGUUGGGCGACGGGACCUCGCCCAGUGGCACGUGGGUGGGGGUGUUUGGCCGCAGCCCCAAAACCGACGAAUUCUUCAUGGCCUACCACUGCGCGCACUACCUGGACGACGUGGCGUCGGCGGGCAAGGCCUCGUACCCACUACCCAUGUACGCCAACGUGUGGCAGAACUACAACGACCUCGACACGGCCGACAACUGUUGGCUCGUCGUGGUGGGCGGCGGUGGCGGCGACCCGGGCACAGCAACGUGCUCUACGUGUGGUUGCGCUUCGGGCGCAGCCUCGACUUUGUCGCGCCCGACGUCUACCUCAACGACUACGAGGCCUCGUGCGCCGCCUACCGCCACCGCGGCUAGCCGCUCUUCAUCCCCCGAGCAGCGGCGCGACGAGUACGGCGCGCGCCGCAUCUGGGCCGCCUACGGGAGCCACGGCUGCAUGGGCACGGCGCCCUUUGGCUGCGACACGCUGGGGCCGGGCGACGAGAACCCCUUUACACGGCACUACGAGCUGCUCGAGUCGGUGGCGCCGCUCCCGCCGGACCCGAGCAGGCCGAUGGUCAAACACUGGGGCGGGUACGAGGUCACGAUCGAGCGGUGCUUCGUGUUUGGGCGGCCGGGCGACGGGGCGGGCAUGGGGGUGCACCGGGGCGGCGGCCGGUUCCUGCUGAUCGGGUACGGGUUCCAGGUGCGGGCGCGGGCGACGUCGGCGCGGGCUACAUUCACGGGGAUCCUGCGGUUCGAGGAGAAGCGUGCGGUGAGCGACGGCGACGGCGGGGUGCGGCUCGAGACGCUGCGGACGCUCAACGGUGACAAGACGCGCAGCGUUGUCUUUGCCGUGAUGCUGGGGCCGGAUCCUGACUAUGGCGGGUUUCCUAGUUGUGUGACGGUGCCGGCCAAGACCAUGAUUGCCGAGCUGAGCUUUUACCACCUGGAGGAGGAAUAGUCUUUGGUUGCAUUGAAAGGUGCAGCCGUGCUAGCUUUGGUGGAGGGUUCAAGGGUCAAUGGAUUCUUCAAGGAGCAACGUUGGAGACGCUUGGAAUCCGUGGAAUCCAUAGCGUGGGGGCAAAUUGCUGGAAAAGGAAUGGGGCACGUCAAUCAGGAGCCGCAGGAUUGAAGUAGGAGCGAUUCGGCUCCCGCAACGUUGCGCCUCCCUGGCGCCUGCCGUUCCCCAGAAGAUCGGCAGUAGGCGCCAGUUGCCCCCGGGACGCGGGAAGG